CCCGUCUUCCUUUUUUGUCUGCCUUUGCUCGCUGUUCCCUUCCGCUCCCGCGAGAAGCUCUUUCUCUGGGUGAAGGCGACGUUGACAAGAUGGUGAACGUCCCCAAAACUCGCAGGACUUACUGCAAGAAAUGUGGCAAGCACCAGCCUCACAAAGUAACCCAGUAUAAGAAGGGCAAAGAAUCUCUGUAUGCACAAGGAAAGCGGCGAUAUGAUCGCAAACAGAGUGGCUACGGUGGCCAGACGAAGCCUAUCUUCCGCAAAAAGGCAAAGACCACAAAGAAGAUUGUGCUGAGGUUGGAGUGUGUGGAGCCCAACUGCAGAUCAAAGAGGAUGUUGGCCAUUAAGAGGUGCAAGCACUUUGAACUGGGAGGAGACAAGAAGAGAAAGGGGCAGGUUAUCCAGUUCUAGACAUUCAUCUUUGUUCUUUAUCAUGGAAAUGAUUAAAAUCCUAUCAAAAUACA